AAAUUCCACAUUAUGCGUAUAAAAUAUGGAACUAUUUUAUCUUAGUGGAAGGCUACACAGUGAAUUGGCAGAACCUAGCGAUGAGAAUUUUGAGUGAACAUGGCUGCCGAUGUUUCACCUGCGAGCUUUUCACCUGUGAAGUUGGGGAUGUCAUAUCUCCCUUCAUUACCACCCCAUACUCCAAAACACGCAGCUGCUUACCCGAGGGCAAUGGAAAGCGCACCAAUGACAGCACUAGCUGGUGUAGUGGUUGAUGGUCGAAUACCUCCAAGAUUUCCCUCAUCUCCAAGAUGCCGUAUACGUAACCAAGUAGGUGGCACUAAUCGAUGGAGAUUACCAGAAUCUUUAGGUGGUGAUUUGUUGGGCACAUCACAAGCAUUGAGAUCAUUACAUGUUCCAUAUAAUAAAACACUUAUGAGGAUCAUAUCAGGUGAACAUCCAAGUACCAUUGUUAAUCUUGAUGCACAAAAACCGUAUGAGUUUCCGUCGACUGAAGGCCACACACGACCUCUAAGUAGUCAAGAAUGGAUCCGUGAAGCAAGAUCCAAAACACCAACCCAGCCACCACUGCCUGCAUCAGCUCCAGCCAGAACUACAAGAAAACUCCCAAGCCCACUGCCAUUGAAUACAUACAGGCCACCAACAGCCAGGACACCAACACCUAUUGAUAUAUUUCAUUAUCAUUCUAAGCAUGUCAACAAUAAAAGUCCACUUGGACCAGAUGUUCUACUGAGUUGUUUGGGUACAAACUGGGAGUUACACAAACCAUAUCUACAGAAGUCACAAGUACUGGGUAUGUUGCUGCAAAAAGCAGAGAGUGGUCCAACAGAAGCGCGCUAUUACAGAGAUCCCAUGGCCUCUACAUUAGAUGAAUACAUCAAUAAAAGUGGCUUCUACAGUACAGACUACAAAGAAGUGACGAGAAGGCUGUGUACAACAGAUACUAUUGAGGAGGACAAAAUUGCUAGAAAGAGUUUAGACGAUUCAGCGCAUAUCAUGGAAGCUAGAACGAAAAAUAUGCUGAGACUAAAGUUGAAAAUUAAGGACUCUCUAGUAACCAAACAUUCUUUUGCUAUUGCCCUUGGUAAUCUGUAUCAUGAUGAGAUUAUUGUAGACCAUGUUGAUGUGGUUGGAGUCCUUGCUGCUGCCAGUGCCUUGAAGUUUACAGAGUUGGAAAAAAAAUGUACUGAAGUAAUGAUGAGCAGCAUCAGUGCUAAUUCUGUAUGUUCAUACCACCAUUCAGCAAUGAAGUAUGGUGUUGGUUUAGUUACUAAUGCAUGUGAAAGAUGGUUGGAACUCAAUCUUGUUCCUCAUCUUUCAGUUCAGAUCCAAUUACGUGAGCUUCCUUUAGAACUGUUACAGAAAAUUAUCAAAUCUAGCAGACUUUUCACAUUCAAUGAAUAUUCUAUUUACAAAGUUUUGUGUUAUUGGGUAUUUUUGCAAAAUCAUCCUGAGAUUCAGUUGAUGCCUUCCAUGAGUACAGUUAUCACAUACUUUAAUAGUUUGCCAAGGACGAGUGCUUACAUAGAACGAGAAGAAGGCCAACAAUAUGCAUGUUUGUUUAUGACACUAAGACUACAUGGAGUACUAGAAACCAGACCAUUGGAAGAUAUGUUGAAAAUGAACAUUAUACCCCAACAAUGGGUGUUACGAACCUUAAAUAUGCAUUACCAAGCGCUACAAGGUGGUGGUGACAUGCCACUGUUGAUGAAAUUCGACAAGGACGCGAUCAGAGCCGGAUUUGUGAUUGAUCAGGAACCACAGUACCAUGCUGAUGUCCUCUCUGUGCAUGGAUUUCAUUUUGAGUUAAAAGCAUGUAGAGUUGGCACUGGAGCAGAUACAUAUCAAUUCUAUAUGCAGAGACUUAGACCCAAUGAUCCAACUUUGUCAUUUCGUGCCUGUGAACGCCAGACUUUCUCACUCAGACAAGAUCGUGAAGUCCGCUACAGCAUUCGUGUGCAGUGCAUCAUCAAGGGGCAAAUCUACACAUUCACAACUGGCUCAUUAACAAAGCGAUUUGGACUAGGAAACAAAACAAGUCGAAGUGAAAUCUUGACAUUGGAUGGACUACAACUUCCUAUAUAUGCUACAUUCUCUCUAUUUUUUCCCCCAUCAUAAAAAUACGUGUGCCAUACAUUUUAGCUUUUAUGUACAGACAUAUUAUGAGUAUUAAAUUUUCAGGGAAUUACAAUGAUUGCAUGUGUUGUGUUAUAAAUUGACAUAUUUGUAAAUAUUAUAUUAAAAUAUACAGACUGGAAGUGCCUUGCAUUUGUAUUUUAAUAAUUACGUCUGCUUUUAAAAUUUAUAUGGAUUACAUAUAUGUGUUUUUACGUUGCUAACAUAGCUAGCAACGCUGAGUGGUUUUUGAAGUGUGAAAGGCUUCUAAGUGUUGGCCUGAUAUUGUGCUUGCUGUGUGAACAAAUCUUUCCUGAGACUAUUAACUCUUUGAACACCUAAGUCCACUUUUGUCUGGUAUCACAAAACAAACCCCAAAUAAUUUUUUUUUACAUUUUUGUUUUCAUUUAUCAAGACAAAUAAAUAAAUAUGCGUGAAAUGUUUACCAAAAUUUGGGGCGAAAAAAAAUGUGCUCAAAGGGUUAAGCUACUGAGAUGUUAGUUAUAUAUGGGCAUUUGUUUUUAAACAGCAGGUGCAAACAAGAUAUGUACGGGGGAAAUUAGCAAAUUGAUUAGGAAAGUCCCUAUGAACACUGCAAUAUAGUAAGGGACUUUCCUAUUAGCACUAUCAAUCCCACAUCUCCUGGUCAGUGAUAAGUCCAUGGGCAGACGGUGUCAAUUUUGUUUUGAUAUUGCAACAUUGUUGUGAUACUUAUACAAAGGAAGUUGUAAAUUAUUCAAUUGAAUUUUAUUUGCAGUUGUUUCAACUGAAAAUUGAUAGACUUUCGCAUGAAAGUUGCAAGUUACCCACACAAAUCGUGUUUGCAUCCGCUGUGAAACAUUUAAUUCUUUAUCUCGCACGAACCACAAUGUACAUAUCAUGCAAUUUCUUGCUCUGUUUAGAAUAGCAUGAAACAUGAAUUUUUACCACAAACAAGAUAUCUCAACCAUACAUACGUUUCCAUUCACCACUUUCUGUCUGAUGCACGUUAUGGAGUAGAUGGACACAAUCCGUCCAAUUCUCUGUGUCCACUCUCCUUUUUGAAUGAUGUUAAAUUCUUUAUAUAAAGCAUGUAACAUUUGAAUGAGUGCAAGUUGCAUGCACAGUUGUGUUUCAACAGCAGUUUGUUUUAUAGCAUGUUGUUUUUCAAAGAAGUGUGCCAAUAAACAACUUUGGUUCAAAAA